AUAUAAGCGGCUGCAAUGGCUCUGCCGCUAGCCGAUUGCCCGGCGGGCGGGACCAUGGCGACAGGCGGCGGGCAGGACCUGCCCGCCCUGCUGCUGCUGCUGCUCCUCCUCCUCCUCCGGCCGUGCGAGGCAAGUGCGGGGCGCCCGGCGGGGCCGGCGGCCGGGGGCAGCCGGCGGGCGGUGCGGCUCCGUGACGCGGCCCCCGGGGCCGCCGUGUCCCCGCAGGAGAGCGGGCGGGAUCCGGCGUGUCCCCGGCCGUGCGGGGGGCACUGCCCGGCCGAGCCGCCGCGCUGCGCCCCCGGCGUGCCCGCGGUGCUGGACGGCUGCUCCUGCUGCCUGGUGUGCGCCCGGCAGCGCGGCGAGCGCUGCUCCGCGAUGCUGCCCUGCGACGAGAGCAGCGGCCUCUACUGUGACCGCGGCCCCGAGGACGGCGGCACCGCCGGCAUCUGCAUGGUGCUGGAGGGAGACAACUGCGUCUUUGACGGGAUGAUUUAUCGCAACGGGGAGACGUUCCAGCCCAGCUGCAAGUACCAGUGCACCUGCCGCGACGGGCAGAUCGGCUGCCUGCCCCGCUGCAACCUGGACCUGCUGCUCCCCGGCCCCGACUGCCCCUUCCCCAGGAAAAUCGAAGUCCCUGGAGAGUGCUGUGAGAAGUGGAUCUGCGACCCUGAUGAUGAAGUGAUUUUGGGAGGUUUUGCUAUGGCUGCCUACAGACAAGAGGCCACACUCGGGAUCGAUGUGUCGGAUUCAAGCGCCAAUUGUAUUGAACAGACAACAGAAUGGAGUGCUUGCUCCAAAAGCUGUGGAAUGGGCUUUUCCACUCGUGUUACCAACAGAAAUCAACAGUGUGAGAUGGUGAAGCAGACGCGGCUUUGCAUGAUAAGACCUUGUGAAAAUGAUGAGUCAUCUGAUAAGAAAGGGAAGAAAUGUGUCCGAACGAAGAAGUCUGCGAAAGCUGUUCGCUUUGAGUACAAGAACUGCACGAGUGUGCAGGCGUACAAACCACGUUACUGUGGCCUCUGCAACGACGGGCGAUGCUGUACCCCACACAACACCAAAACCAUUCAAGUGGAGUUCCGCUGUCCUCAGGGCAAAGUCCUAAAAAAGCCAGUGAUGUUGAUCAACACCUGUGUCUGUCAUAACAACUGUCCUCAGAGUAACAUUGUUUUCUUCCAGCCAUCAGAUCUGUCAUCUAGCGAAGUAAAAAUAUGAAAAGCACAAAUUAGAAGGCAUAGAAAGUAUAAAUAGUUUAUGCAAAACUUGACUCACAAUUAGGUGAAUGUAACAAUUGCGUAUAUAAAAUAACUAGAACAUUUUUUCAACACGGUCUUUCAAACUAGGUGCUUUCUUUUUUCCUGUAGUUUAUUAAAUACCUCAUUUUACCUUUCCCCCCUCCAAAUGUCUUUAAUUCACUUGAAGGAAAUUUUGUACCCUGGACAGAGCCUUCUUUUUUUUCUUGAUGGUGACAUAAAGAUCACAAGGCAGACAGCUCGACUUUCUCCUUGGGUUAAGGGGAUCAUGCCUCAAGUUGCAGUAGCUGGGCUCUCUAAGAGU